AUGCCAGGCAAAAUGGAGUUGUCAGACCUUAAGUCCAUGCCCUCUCGGACGGGAGAGGGUGACAAUAUUUAUCACACAACCCUCGGUAUAUAUCCGACCGACCAGUACCUGGCGUUCGUCGAUGAAGAGCAAGAAGGAAGGGGUAUGGAGUGGUCCAUCAAGGCAAAGACAGGAGGAGAACUGUUUGCCACUAUUACCAAGAUACCGGAGCGCGAGGUUUACCAGGCGUGGGUGAGGGGAGGCCGUACCUCGGAGUUCAGAUUGGAUAUAGCAGGAUAUAAAGCAGAGGAGAUCGAGAAAUUUCUUAUCAGCUAUCUGGAGGGCAUGUUUACUCCGGAGAAGGAUAAACAGCUUAAGUGGAGCUGUUCCAGAACCAUCAAGUGGGAGUAUUGCUGCAAGGAGGGGACCCUGAAGAUUGAGAACCUUUGGGAGUUCACUUUGGAGAGGAAGAUGACAAAGAAUUACUGGAUGCCUAUCGGCUUUGUCAGAUUGGACGUAGGGCUCUGGGGGAUUUCCGAGCAGGACCAAAAGCAUGAUUUUGGGUACCAAAGGUACUGCAACGAUAGGCAACAGCAAUCGCCCGCGAGCGAGCCGGAGCACCCAAGCGUGAGACUCCUAGGGCACAGAUCUGAGGAAGAGUGGAAACAAAAUCGGAUCGAAGCCCUAUACAUCCUCACAGCAGCCGUCGUGCUGUAUCGCGUUGUAAUCGAUACCUGGAAGCCGAAGGAAUAA